AUGGAAAGAUUCACACGCAUGAUACCAAAGGCAAACUUGCCUCACCUGAAGAAUUACAAGUUCCACUCAGGAUGCUCAACACCUCUUGAUAACAUAUUGAACCUUAUAUGGUGGAAUCCUAUCUCAAAUCUAGUACCAUAUUUCGUAUCGCCAAAUGUACUCACACUAAUGGGAGCUAUGUCGCUCCUAGUGAUGCAUUACUGUAUCCUAGCUUACGUACCAGGACUGGAGAGUACAGCAGCACCGGCGUGGCUACCCUUGCUCAUUGCCAUCACCACUGCUGUCUACAUGACACUAGAUGGUAUAGACGGAAAACAAGCACGAAAAUUGGGAGUAAGCUCACCAUUAGGUCAGUUACUCGACCACGGGGUAGACGCCGUGGUGUCGGUAUUCUAUCCAUAUAUGUGCUUCACACUAUUCCCAAACGGAUAUACCAUACCAAUGAUGCUUUUGUGCUGUAGCUCACCCAUACAUGUACUAUGUACAGUUUGGCGUGAAAGCGAGUUCCAAACCUUUGUUCACACGAACGGAGUCGUCGGAGUGACGGAAACAAACCUCGCAAUGAUAGGACUGCAGAUUCUAUACUAUUACAGCAGACCAUAUCUAUAUAAAAAAAUUGGUACCGUAUUCGGUAACCAUGCAAUUGUUAUAUUUGUUAGUCGGUUCUUCCCAAGAAUAGUCGACUUGGGGAGCCUGAUCUUUUAUGUUAUCCUAGCACUCGCUUAUGUAGAAGGAAUGUCCGGCAUAGUGGGACUACUAAGAGACACAAGCCAUCGCAGGAAGUAUCUCACAUUCAUAUGCUCAGCCAUUGCCCAUGUUUACCCAGCAUACUACAUGGCAUACGUAUUACCCUCAAAAUCAAGGAUAAUAGGAUGCCUAUUCGCAUCAACGCUAUGCGCAGUAGUAUGCGUAAACAACAUAGUCUGCCUACUGUCAAGGAUGCCACUCAGGUCGAUUCAUUGGGCACUCAUACCACACUACGUAAUAAUAAUGCAGUACUUCGGUCUCGGAAUCAUGAACAAAUAUGGAUUCGCGGUCAAGACACUCGCACACGCAACUCUACACAAAAUACUACUCGCAGGAACUAUAUACGGAUUCACAUGCAUAGUAUACAUAUUCGCCAAGACUAUAUCCGAAAUUAUGGAAUACCUAGACAUACCACUACUUACUGUACGCAGAGGCAAUCGUCCCAAGGCGUCAUAA